CUAGUACUGGCCCCGCCCCCCUCUGUCAGCCGAGUCAGUCAGAGUCGCAGUAUGGCGCGUGCAGCCGGGAAUAAAGACCGUCCGUACCAGCUCGUUAUAUUCGGGGCCUCGGGCUUCACCGGACAGUUCGUGGUGGAGGAGGUGUCCCGGGUGGCGGAUGGAGGAGAUUUCAGGGGACAGGCGCUGCGCUGGGCUGUGGCCGGAAGGAGCAGAGAGAAGUUGCAGGAUGUGCUGGACUGGGCUGCGGAGAGACUAGCCAAGCCGCAACUGAAGUCCAUUGACAUUCUAAUCUGCGAUGUUAAUGACGCCCCCUCCCUCGCUGAAAUGUGUAAGAAGGCCUCUGUUGUUCUGGACUGUGUGGGGCCUUACAGGUUUUUUGGUGAAGCUGUGGUGAAAGCUUGCGUAGAAAAUGGAGCGCACUUUGUGGAUAUAAGUGGAGAACCCCAAUUCCUGGAAUCUAUGUACCUGAAGUAUGACAGCCAAGCAGCUGAUAAAGGGGUGUAUAUUGUAGGCAGCAGUGGCUUUGACUCCAUUCCAGCUGACAUGGGUGUUCUGUUCACCAGAAAUAGCAUACAAGGUACUCUGACAGCAGUAGAAAGCUUCCUGUCUUUCAAGUCCGGACCAGAAGGCACAUGCAUUCAUGAUGGAACAUGGCAAUCGGCAAUUCAUGGAGUUGCAGAUCAAGGCAAUCUAAGAAAGCUUAGAAAGCAAUUGGCAUUCAAACCUCUUCCAGUUGUUGGUAAAAAAUUAAAAAGAAGAGGCGCAGUAUUUUACAGCAAUGAAGUAAAAGAGUAUUCAAUUCCUUUCAUGGGAGCUGAUGCAGCGGUUGUUAAAAGGACCCAGCGAUACCUGCAUGAGAACCUGCAAGAAACUCCUGUGCAGUAUGGUGCCUAUGUAUCAGUGGGUGGGAUCACUUCGGUCAUCACACUGAUGUUUGCAGGAUUCCUUUUCCUACUUUUCACCAAGUUCAGCUUUGGACGCAAUCUUCUGAUACGAUACCCCAAAUUGUUUUCCUUUGGUUAUUUCUCCAAAGAGGGACCAACACCAAAACAGAUGGCUGAAUCCUCUUUCACAAUGACGUUCUUUGGAGAGGGCUACAGUCAGGACCAAGAUCCCCAGCAAGGAAAGCCUAAUAUAAAAAUAUGCACACAGGUUUCAGGACCAGAAGCUGCCUACGUCGCCACACCAAUUGGGAUGGUACAGGCUGGAGUAACUAUUUUAAAGGAACCAGACGCUCUUCCAAAAAGGGGAGGCGUUUACACACCUGGAGCAGCGUUUUCCAAAACCAAGUUUAUUGACCGUCUGAACAAAGCUGGUAUUCACUUUAAUGUCAUUAGCAAGACUGAGAUCUGAGCAUUGCUGGCAUUGAAACUACAUGCAUGACUAGGGGGGGGGAACUAGAGCACUUAGGCUAAAAUAUGUUUAAUGCUUUCUGUCCUUUAUUUGUAAGAUAAAGCGAAUUGCACUAAUGAAUGGAAUAACAGAAUGCUUUUCAUAACUUUGCAUUACAGUAAUUGUUUAGCCAAUAAAAUAUUGUAAUAUAUGU